AUGGUGGAUGAUCAGCAAACUGUGUGCAGUAUGUGCGGCGAUGUUGGUUUUCCGGACAAGCUCUUCCGCUGUUCAAAGUGCCGUCGCCGCUUUCAGCACUCGUAUUGCAGCAAUUACUACCACGGCAAACAAGCCGAGCCGAUCGGAAUCUGUGAUUGGUGCCAAUGCGAGGAGAAAAGCUCUCCUGGGAAUUGCAAAAACAGCAGUAACAAAUCAGGUCAUUCAAGUACCGAAUUGAGGUCGCCGGCUAGCUCCGGCGACAAACUCCGGCAGCAUCACCACCGGGAGGACGGCGGCUCGUCGGCAGAGAAGGCCACCGGAAAACUCCCCUCCCCGCGGCCCACCCCUCGCAGGUACAAGCUCCUCAAGGAUGUUAUGUGCUGA